AUGCUAAAAGCUAAAUGGAAAUGUAUGCGGGAAAUGGUGCUAGUAUGCGUCACACUAGACAGAAAGUUGAAGAAGAAAUCACUGAACAAGGAAGAAAAACGGAAAAGAAAACGAUCGUUCGACAAAGCUGUUCUUUUUGCCUUACAAGAACAACAUCUACCCAAGAAAAAAGCUUUUCUCAUAACUGAUUUGUAUGAUGUUGCUUCGGUUGCGCUGACUGAUCCCCGUAGUAUGGAAACCGGUUUUCUCAUAUCACCAACUUUACCAAAUCAACUUCGAGAAUCGUGGAACACCCUCCAUUUAAAGUUUCCUUACCGACAAAAUAAUUACCAACAACACCACCAGCCAUGGCAAAGGAUAUCAACGAUCUUGCAUCAAAUGGGGUGA